AAAUUGAAAGAUUUAUCGAAAGACUUGGAUCGCAUGAAGACAACAAGAGUCUCAGAGGCAAGCUGGAUGAGGUACAGCAUUAUACCAACCAGCUGGCUAAGGAUACCAACAAGAUGCUCAAAGAUCUCAACUCCAUUCCUCCAUCCUAUUCAGACCAGAAGCAACAGAAGAUGCAGAAAGAACGUCUUACAGGUGAAUUCACGUCGGCACUCAAUCAAUUCCAGAGAGUCCAAAGAGAUGCAGCUCAGAAAGAGAGAGAUUCCUACGAUAAGGUCAGAACUGGGUCAACAACAUCGGGCGGGUUCGAGGACCACUCCAGCGAUACACUUAUUAGUGGAUUUGAAAGUUCAAGACAGGAUGCAGGUAUGACUCAACAGAGCCAGGUGAGCUACGAAGACUUUGAAGCCAUCAAGGAAAGAGAGUCGCAACUCCAUAAACUAGAGUCUGAUAUUCUUGAUGUCAACCAAAUCUUCAAGGACCUUGCUACAAUGGUCCAUGAGCAGGGAGACAUGAUAGACAGCAUAGAAGCUAACGUGGAGUCAGCGGAGGUGCAUGUAGAGCAGGCCAACACACAACUUGAUAAAGCAGUUACUUACCAGUCGAAAGCAAGACGGAAGAAAUUCCUCUUGCUCAUCUGUGUUCUAGUACUCGUUGGGGUAUUAGCGCUAAUCAUCUAUUUCAGCGUGUAAGUUGAAUCAUAUUUUUGUUCUUCUGCAAAUUAACAGCACUUAGCAAAAUAGCACAUGCCACUAAUAUAUCUAUCUGGUUUCUCUUGGAAUGGUUUGCACAUGUAGCUUUUUAGAUAUUGGAUUUUUGAUUUUGUUUUUAUAAAUUAACUUUUCAAUUUUGUUUUGUUUUGCUUUUGUUUUGCAAAUUGUCAUCACUCUGAGUUCUCUCACCUCCACAUAUAGAUGGAAUUUGCUUUAUAAUUAAUCUUACCCAACUAACCCAAUGGUCUAAUUCUUCUACUAAUUUCUACAUCUUGCUUGGUAUUCAAUUCAAAACCUUUGUCAGAAAUAUGAGUAUUUAACUUUAAUAGGUAAAUUGCUUAGACAACUUCGGUUGUCCGACUAACCCAAUGGUCGAACUCUUCUACUAAUUUCUACAUCUUGCCUGGUAUUCAAUUCAAAACCUUUGUCAGAAAUAUUGGUACAGUAUUUAACUUAGUUUUCGGCUUAGGUAAAUUGCUUAGACAACUUCGGUAUUCAGUUGGAGCUUUUGCCUAAGUAUUUUACUAUAAGUUUAAGACAUAAGCCAAAAAUUUGGAGGCCUUGGAUCCAGUUGGUUGGCAGGCUCAUGGUUUUCAUUUGCAGCCAUUGUAAGCUGCGCACAAUUAUAUCAGUGCCCAUUCAAUCCACAAAGCUUUUGGAUUGGCUAAGUAAGUAAGUAUUUUGCCUCAAAGUUGGCGUACUGAAGUCAAAUACAUAGAUGCGAUUUGAAUAAGAAUUGAGCCUUUUUACUUAACUAAGCUAAAUGCUAAUUAAAAUACUGAUAAAGUUCACAAAUGGAAUUGAAUAUGGGACCCGUUUCACAAAGCCUUUCCAAUGACAAAUUACAAAAA